CAAUCGAGUUCCACUUCCAAAUCACGUUCCACGAAGCGACACUCCCAUUGGCUGAUACGUUCCCCAGCACACAGCACUGCGUACUCCUUUAUGUUGAGUCAGGGUUCGCCAUGUCAGAGUUUUCCUCCUUGCCCAUAGUUGGAGGGUUGUCGGCCAGGCUUUGGCUUGUUGUGAUUGGUGGAGUGAGUCACACAGUCUGUGACGGGCUGUGGCCAGGGUUCAGCAUGGAGCGGAGGAAUCACCACGCAAGGCGGCAAUUUUCCUAUGAGACGGUACCGGGAUACUGCGCCGCGGCGCUGGCCGGGCUCAUGGUGUGCGGCUCGAUCGUGAAGGAGCUGUGGCCGAUGCCGGACUCUUAUCUGAGCAACAAGAGGAACGUCCUCAAUGUAUAUUUCGUCAAAUUUUCCUGGGGAUGGACAUUCUGCUCCCUUUUUCUCUUCAUUGCCUUGACCAAUUACACUCUUAAUAAGAGCAUAAGCACAAGUUUACGCCGGCUAAGUACCCUGCUGGUUGGAACAGUAGUUUGGUUUACCUGCACGAGUAUUUUUACAUACAUUGAAAAUGCUACUGGCAGUUGUUACGAGUCGUCAGCAUUGCUGGAUGUUAAAGCAGAGUAUACAGACAGGAGAGCAUGUGCAAGCAGUGGUGGUUACUGGCAUGGAUUCGAUAUAUCUGGUCAUUCAUUCUUGCUGCCAUAUUGCAUGCUGAUGAUUUUGGAAGAAAUUGUCAUUAUGUACAAUAUUCGUCUCGAGGGACAUCGGCAGAAAACAAUUAUUUAUACGCUACUUUGUUUCCUAAUUUUGCUGGCUACCAUUUGGGCUUUCAUGUUUGUUUGUACAGCUGUUUAUUUUCAUGAUGUCCUACAAAAAUUUCUAGGAUUUAUGUGCGGGGUCGUUGGGUGGUACGUAACCUACAGGUGGUGGUAUCUAAUGCCAUGUUCUCCUGGACUUCCUCGUGCAAUGGCUAAACAGGCCUGAAGUAAAUGGAAAUCUGUUUUACAGUUAUGGCACACAAGAUUAAUUUGAUUUUUUAAUUUAAUUAUAUCGUUUAUAGAGACCAUAUUACAACAUUUAAUGCAUAGGUACUGUAUGAAAUAUAAAGCGAAUGUAAUUUUGUUCUAGCAAUUAAUUAUUUUUUUUGACCUCUCAUGAACAUCACAACAUUCUGUUUUUUUAAUUUGGACUCCUAUUAUAUUGAUUAGUAAUGAUGGGUUUCACAGGUAGCAGAACAGCCAAUAGAGUGCCUUUUAUCUUCAUUAAUAAACAGAGAGAGGCAUGGCAGGCUCAGUUGUACAAUUUUAUUUUUUUCUAAAUGACUAGGCCUAGAUAAUUAGUAUUAUUAAAUUAAACCGAUUUCAGUGUUAGUAGUUUAUUUCUAAUUUGUGAAAGUGGUUUAUAAGGAUUCCUGCAGUCUACAGAAUUACUUACUGAUGAUGUUAAGAGACUGUAUAAUAAGGUCCGAGUUUCUGUGUACUGUAUAUUAAAGUGUGGGCUAUACUAGGAAUAGUGCCAAGGAUUGUGAAGUAUGUGAUCACGGGGAACUAUUGGCUGCUUCUUGUGUUCUUUCCUUUGGGAAAGCUAUACUUGUAUUGUGCAACUCUCAGACAAUGCAUCAGACUGUUGCAUCUUCCUCCAUUGGUUGCAUGACAGACGAGCACAUGUAGCUGCUCCCAUAGGGAACCUGAAAUGUAGCGAUCAAUAGUACCCUAAAGCUACAUGCUACACAUUUGCUGACCAUAGCACUAGAGCAGCCUGGCUAUCUACGAGCGCUGAAGGAAUGAAACUGGUUGGAGUGAUUUUCACAUAACCAUGUUAAUAUUUUUACUAAAAAGCGUGAGCUCGCGUACAUCUAAAAAUAGUAAUAACCAGCCUCCCGUUCCGACUUCUGCCUCUGGAAAGCAGUAGGUCUCGUAUCGGGGCAGCCAUUUACAGUGGAGAUUUGAGCUUACACUCGCUGUAAACGGCUGGGGUCCUGAGGACUGAGUUGGAGAACCGCUACGCUAUGCGAUAAUGGGCCUAAUUCAGAUUUGUACGCUAUUGAAUUGUGAUUUAUUUUUUUUAGGCUGUGAAACUGCUAAUGUUAGCAAGUGAAGCUGCCACCCACCAAGGCAAUUGCAAACUCCUAUCUGCAUAUACAUUUGCAGCCUACGUACAACAACGGGGAACAUCGACUGCUACAUUAGGUCUAUGGCUACGCAGACUAACUACAACAGUAGCAACGCAGGCGCCACGUUUCUCUGCAUACAUGAUCACAGCUGAUGUCUGGUAUACGCCCCAAAAAUGGCUAUGACACGCCUGCGGUUUUGCUGCUACUCCCUGUUACCUACACCAAAUGGUCCCUUCCUGUCAAUCACUCUGCAAAGAAAUCCUUUACCUUUAUACAUAUCCACUGUGAUCACAGCGCAUGCGCAGUCGGCCGAUAAUCGCUCAGGUGCGAAACAUCGGCAUAGCGUACAACUCUGAUUAGGCCCAGUGAUCCCUAUCGACUGCAUUAGAAUUCCUCACAUUUUGAUUACUAGACCACAAUAUUUUAGCCAAGCUGAGCACAGACCUGUGUCAUGCUAUAUCCAAUAGGUAAAGCAUUGACUUAGAGGGUGGUUAUG